AAGAUGAAAUGGAAAUCAGUUUUUUAUAGAAUUGGACUCUUAGGACCACCCUAAAAUUAAAAAAUGUAUAGCUAACCUAUCAACACCACGUUGUACCGUUAAUUGCCAGAUCAAUUUUGAAAAUGUUGAUAAAUCUUUGGAAAAAUCAGCUCACUUGUAUCUCCGUCCAAUUCAUCUAUGCCUCUCACGGGUGGUAAUGGCAACCAUGGACGGUAUCUAAUCGUGACAGCUCUCAUGACAAGUGAGGUUAUGAUUAAGUCAAUGGUGAUCACAUCAAAUCAAGGGAUGUUUCGUGAUUAAGGGUAUUGAAACGAUCAAAUCAACAAUUUAAAUAAAAUGACUACUGCUACAGAUGAUAAAUUAGCCAUGGGCCCCAAGGAAAGAGUGACCUACCCGAUUCAAGUGACCUAUUGUGGAAACUGUAGUAUGCCAAUAGAGUAUUGUGAAUAUUAUCCUGAAUAUGAUAAAUGUAAGCAGUGGUUAGAAAAGAAUCUGCCAUCAGAAUUCGAAAAAGUAAAAAUAGGAGAUGAUAAUCCUGUAGAAGAAGAAAAAAAGCGUCAGAAACGUGGCGGAAAAGGAAUGAUCAAAACAAAGAAAAAGGAAGAUGGACCAAAACAGGUUUGCAUCUCUAGGGCGCCCAGAGGCAAAAAGAAGUCUGUCACAGUAGUAACAGGGUUGAGCACUUUCGAUAUUGACCUGAAGGUAGCUGCAAAGUUUUUUGGAACAAAAUUUGCCUGUGGUUCUUCAGUGACUGGCGAGGAUGAGAUUGUGAUCCAAGGUGAUGUCAAAGAUGACCUUUUUGAUGUUAUUCCAGAGAAAUGGCCUGAGAUUGAUGAAGACCUUAUUGAAGACUUGGGUGAUCAAAAACGUUGAUUCUUUAUAUAUUUAAUUUAUUAUAUGAAUUGUAAAAAAUAAAACAAUGUACUGGAUUAUUCAGACUGUUCAUCUUCAUCUGGUGGUGUCUUAAUUACAUGAGGAAAAUGCUUGGCUA